UCUGUGGAGAUUGACUUCAGCGAGGGCUCCACACCAUUCUGGCUUCUCUGUCAUGGCAUCCAACAGCAUCUUUGACUCCUUCUCCAACUACAGCAGCAGUCUACUAAGAGGUAAGUGCUGAUCCUGCCCUCUCCACUCUGCUCUGCUCACCCUCUGACCAUUGUUUUCAACGUGCAGUGCUGUCAGUUUGACAAAAAAAGCACUGACAGUUCCACAGUGAAAUGUGAGAGUUGCUUCUUGUAGCGUUUGAAUGCAUUUAUCUGUCUGUCACGUGUGCUGUGAAAUAGGUUCAUAAAGGAGGGUGUGAUUUGCACAGUAGCUCUCAUCUGAUAUGUCCCAUAAAGGCCUCUCAGCUCCUGUGUUUUCUGUAGGCUUGAUGGAGUAGCGCCAUAAUGGGAUUCUCACCACAGACAUUCAUUAUCAAGUGAAACUCGGCGCUCUCUCAGUGAGAAUACGAGCUCAGAGGCUCCAUGUGACUGGGCCCCUUACUGGAACACGGCAAUACAAUAAAAGAGAAAAGAAAAAACAUAUUAGGCUCUCUCUGCUUUACUUCCAGGAGGUACUUUUGGUCUGUGCGGUGAGGUGAGUGCACUAUGCUCGGCGACGAGCCUCAGUGAAGAAGCCAUUUGUUGCCAUGGCAAUUCCAAUCAGGCGGCUUUUUAUUUGCAGUUAAGCUCUCGAGAUGGAGAGCGAGAGCGCAACGUUUACCUGAUUUCAGUCCUCAUCCUGUUUAUUCCCAUAAGUCGUGAAAAACACUGAGACGAAGCAGCGUUGACACUCGAGUUGUUAAUUCGACAGGGGCCGAGUUUUUCUUACUGUUCCUCAAACAGCCACCGAGGCAGCCGCUGAGAGGCAAUAAGGAAAAAAAGGAGAUACCCCGCCCCCCCAAUUAAGGCCUUGUUGCCGUGUUAAUUAGAGACAGCCACAGGAGAAGCACUACCAGUUGGUAAUUGUUUGCAGAGUAUAUCUUAAAAUCUGCAGAGCCUCACACACUCUGUACAUCUGUGUCUCACAUGAGAGCAAUCCUCUGAUAUCCUCAGUGGAACCGCAGUGACAGGAGAUGAUGUUCUAGUGUUCUCACAGCUUCUACACACACUCAGGCAUUUAUAGUUUCCUCAUGACAAGCUCAGGCCCCCCUUUUCUUCUCUAUAACCGCUGGAUCUGCAUCCCUUUAUCUCCUCACCGUUUUACAGAUCAGUGUGUCACCAACUUCAGGGUUCACGCCUGCUGUCUUUUAACCUCUAACAUAAUGUGCUUUCGGCGGACCUGAUUUUCUUUUUGUUUUUGAACCCUAGCAGAGCACUGAGGUGGCAGAAGGAGACAGUAGGUCAGAAGGGUGGGGAAAAGAAGAGACGAGCAUUUAAAAUGGUGAUCAACCAUUGGAAAUCAUUAGUGAACAUGCAAUAUCCUUUUACAAUUCACUCUGUCAGGAGACUGAAACCGAACUGCACGAGAACAAAGGCCAAGACUCAUUAAAUCCCCCAGUUCAAUCUGAAAGCAUUUCCAACCAGGACUACCUCAUGUAAGCAAAAUACUCCAGCGGUUAGUUUAACAACUUGCAUUACACAGGCAAAGCAAUUUGGCCAAUGCUCUCUUUUUUAGACUCAAAUCAAACUGAAAUUAAGAGGAACGGUUACAGAAAAUCAAGAAGACUGUUAAAUGUCUGGCUUCCUGAGCUCUGACUUUAAUGCAGUGUGACGUGAAGCUUAUGGAAAUACUGCAUUCAUCUCCUCAGAUGUCAGGAAAUACUAGCAUCUUAUUCAUUUAGAAAAACACAGUCAUCCAAGAUCAUUCUGAUCUUUAACAUGUCUUGUUGUUUCAAAUCAUGUUACAUUUUCAUUGGAGCUAAAAAGAAACAAAGACUGUAACAAAAAUAUCAGCACCAUACACAGACGGUUUCGGUCUAUAAGUGUUAUUUCGGUAACUUUAGAUAUUUCAACCGAUCUCACAGAGCAGACAGACGACACAUGUGAUGUGCAACAUCAGAUGCACUUCGCGUGAGAAGCGAGAGGACGCCUCACCUCAGAAACCUCAGUCCUCCGCUAAAGUUCAUGGAGACACAAACACACACUGAGACACACAUGAGCGCACAACACACGCACAAAGGGAACAGACACCGUUGCUCUCGUCAACUUUAACUUUGUAUAGAUCACAAGAAAAAGCUAAUAGUCUGAUAGCACGUUGUGAAAGAAACAGGCAGCAACGGGGAGAGCUUUGCGACAUGGUAAUCUGAUGCAGACUCGCAGAGCUGCUGCAGUUUGCUGAUAAAAACCACAAUGAGGCUACACCUGCUAACCCUUACACAUCAGCACCACUAUUUAAUCAGAAAGCAGCAUUUCUGAGACCUUUUGAAAAAACAAAAAAACCCAAAAAACUCGGUAGCUCCUAAAAAAAACACUGGACUUUCCCCCCGUGAAGCAGGGUUGUAUAAACUUUACUGACUUUUCCGAUCCUUAGUGCUGGCAGCGUUUGCAUCAGGUGGGGUACCUGCCUUACAGCAGCUGUGUGCUGGGUCAUUUCCUUGGCUCAGUAGCUGUCACCACAUUUCCCUCCACUUGGAAGGGCCGCUGUGUUCCCUGCAGGCUGUUUUACAUUCAAGAGUCCCAUUUGAUUUUUUUUAACACUCUUGGAAGCCAGCUCCCUUUGUGGCGGAGAAAAAGGCCUCAGUUUAUUAGGGUGGGAAUGGUUUUAUAUGUUUGGCUUAUUGAGCUGCGUGAAUUGAAGUGAAGGCUCGUAUGUGAGAAUGAGUUGUAUUUUCGAGGCUUCUGGGAGGUGGUCUUGUUUGCUCUACAAGUGUUAGAAAGGGGAAAAAGGCAGUAUGAGAAAAAUACCCUUUAUAUGCAUCAAAAUGAAUCAUUCACAGAGGAUAAAACUUACGAUGAAUUUCUGCCUCAGAACCACUGACAAAUAAAAAGGCCUUAUACAGUAGCUCAAAAAAAUGGCUAUAAAUUUAACUGAACACAUGGCCGGCCUCUGCUGAAUUUAUUAAUAACAAGUCACAUGGUGAAUCUUUUUUUCUCCUCUCUUAAAUUAACAUGCUUGAUUGGAGCCCGUUCAAAAUCCUGCCGAGUGCGAGGCCCCCGAGUGACGCCAAAACAAAAAGACUGGCUGAGCCGGCUGAAAUCUGUAACAAGAUAUUAAGAGUUCCAAUAUUUUAAAGUGAAAGCAAAUAAUAGAAAACGCAUGACAGCCACAGAGCGGCGAAAUCCUGUCUCCAAUUUAGCCCAGUGUAAUAUCUAUUUAUAAAACUCUGAAGGCAUAUUGGAUGGAAGCAGCGCUCUGGACUUGAUUAGGGCUGUAAAUGUUUUUGGAGGUACUUAUUUACUUUUUGGUCCGUCUCGCUGCUUUCACCGGCUGUCAACACAACGUUAUGGGGCACACUUUUAGUGGGAGGAGGUGGGGAGCGGGAGGGUUGCCAGUAAGAUGGCUUCCAGGUAGAGCACGCAGAGGGGCGUGCUGAUUAUGUGGUCGACUAAUCCUAAACGUGCCUCCGCCCUUGCAGACUUUUGGCUGAAAACAGCGGCUCUGCACUGGUCAAGGUUAAAGCUGUGUUAAGUGUAGUAGUAAAUACAAUUUUCUGGUGGUUAGCAAGCGACCACAGGGGCCAAAUUCUUUGCAGCCAAUCUGAUAAUAUGGAUUUUUGUUUUUAAAGGUUUCUCUGACUUUAAAAAAAUAAAAAAGCGCUCUGAAAGGUUGAGCAACUUCUUUCAAUAAACACUCCCGGCAUGUUUCUGUGAAUCUGCUGGAAAGUAAACUGGAGGUGUGCUGGCUGCGAACCGGCAUCCUGCGAAGGGUGCAAACGAUCCGAGGCUGCUGCGCGACUCGGCUCCUCGCACGUUAAACUCUGAUCUGACCAUGCAUUGCUGCUGUGAAAGCAAUAAACUUCCUGCGGGUGUGUUACCGAGAGAAAUCUGACGUUUGAAGCAAGAGAACUGAAAAUGCACUAUAGUCUUACAUAAGAAUUACAGAGCGUUUUUUUAAAAAAUGACUGAAAAAUUUCCUGAUAUGAUGCAAGCGAUGUCAGAGGAAUUCAUGAUGUCUAGACCAACUUCUUCGGGAACAAACUAUAUGUCUGGAGGAAAAUAUGCAGACUUGUAAUUGGAUAAUGAGGUGGAAAUGAUCACAAUAUAAAACUCUCGAGCAUUAUUUCUAAAAAGUAAUGCCCAUACCGGAUGAGUCUCUUCAACUUUGAGCCGCCGACCACCAGACGGUUCACGCCGCCCUCCACAUCCUUCCCCUGCAGCAAGAUUGGAGACAGCAACGGGGCCAUGGCCACCGCAGGGCCCAUCAGGUCAAGACCGGACACCAGGAACGUGGUGGACGUCCUUGCGGACCACGCGGGCGAGCUGGUCCGGACCGACAGCCCGAACUUCCUCUGCUCUGUGCUGCCGUCUCACUGGAGGUGCAACAAGACGCUCCCCGUGGCUUUCAAGGUUGUGGCUCUUGGUGACGUCCCCGACGGGACUCUGGUCACCGUGAUGGCCGGAAACGACGAGAACUACUCGGCCGAGCUGAGGAACGCCUCGGCUGUAAUGAAGAACCAGGUGGCUCGCUUCAACGACCUGCGCUUCGUGGGCAGGAGCGGACGAGGAAAGAGCUUCACUCUGACCAUCACCGUGUUCACUGGACCGCCUCAGGUGGCCACGUACCACCGCGCCAUCAAAGUGACCGUGGACGGACCCCGCGAACCACGCAGGCACAGGGUGAAGUUAGAAGACCCCCAGAAGAUGCAGUUCUCAGACAGGCUGUCAGAGAUCGAACGCUACCAGCGGAGUAUGAGGAUAGGCCCAGGAAACACCAAUCCUCGCCAAAUCCACCAACCCCACCUUGGCACCACACCAGCCCUGUGGCAGGAGCAGAUGGACACCCCCACCCUGAAGACCUGCAAGGUGGAGGAGGACCUGAGACCAUGGCCAGCGACUACAGAGCUCUUCCCGCAGAGGACCACCUUCCCGUCUCUGUCACCGCUGACCGACCCUCGCUUCUCAGAUCCCCGCAUGCACUACCCCGGGGCCUUCCCCUACUCCACCAACACCUCCAGCACCGGCAUUAGUGGCCUUAGCAUGUCAGCCUCUACUAGAUACCACACCUACCUGCCACCACCCUACUCAAACAACCAAUCCCAAAACUUCCAGUCCAACUCUUACCUGUAUUAUGGCACAGGCUCUGGAUCCUACCAGUUCUCCAUGGUGGCUCCAGGGAAUACCGGGGGCGAGCGCUCUCCCACCCGCCUACUGUCCUGCUCGGGGGCUACAGGCACCGGCGGGACCAACAGCCUGAUGAACCCGGGCCUAAACACCCAGAGCGAGGGCGUGGAAGCCGACGGCAGCCACAGCAACUCCCCCACAGCCAUGAGCGCUUCGGGUCGCUUGGAUGAAUCUGUCUGGAGGCCUUACUGACUGACAGACAGCUAGACAAGAAGAGAAGGAGAAAACAAAGUAAAGAGGAUGAUGAACAAAGAAAAAAGAAGCUGAACACUGAAAGAAAAGAAGAAGAAAAAAAAACAAAAAAAGAGAAAUGCUGCAUGUUUGUCUUUUAUUUCUCCGGCACUCGCUUUAAAGACCUUCUGCUUUUACCAAAUCCCCCAAGACUUCUAUUUGUUUUGUAAAUUCUUGAACUCCUGCACUGUACCGAGGUACCGUCAAAGAACCGGAAAAGCCAUACGAGCUGACGCGUUACUUGGCAGAGACUGUAAACAGAAGAGAGAGUAAAACGAGUGAAACCGCAGUAAUGUGCCGGCCUCAUUUGUCUUGUGCAAACAGGUACUCAUCAAAGACAAAUGAACAAAAGGCGGCGGAGGUGUGAUCAAUCAGCACAGCUGACGAACUGAAAAACCGCAGCAGAAAUCCCUCAAACAGACCGAUCCAGCUCACUCGGCGGGUGGAGGAGAGAAGUCGGGCUGGACUCCUGCGAGGCAUGGCUGCACUGCUGUAGCAAUCCUUCCUUUUUAAAGCUUUAAUUUCUGUCAAAUUUCAACAUUGUAAAAAAUUAUUGAGUCAGUUGUGAAAACAUUGUCAGUUGCACCCAAGGCUGUUUCGUGCGCUCACGGUGGUUAUGCAGUACCUUAUUGCCUAAUUUAUUAUCCAAAUGGACACAUUAGCGUUUGGAGCCACACUGCGCAGUGGACGUUUCGACACAACUGCUGCAUUAUUGAGAAACAAAAGCAUUUUACAUGUCACGUUUUUAGAUAUGACUCCUCCUCUGCCGCGUCAUCAGUCAAUCACGCUUCAACAGGACAGUGGCUGAUAUUUCAAGGAAUGUAUAAAGACUAAAGCAGAGGAGGGUUUCUUGGUUUUUUUGUUUUUCUGUAGGAGUCCUGUUGUCUCUACUCUUUACUUUUCCUUUGAUGUUCUUAUUCAAGCCCUUUUCUAAAGAAAAAAAAGUCCUAGUCUGGUAUUUUUAAACUGGAUGAGACAGUUUACCUUUCAUAUUUAUUUGAGCCAAAAUUUGAGGAAAUGUAUGCAUAUACCCCAAAUCCUUAAGCAUUUCUCUCUGCCUUUCCUUUUUUUUUUAUAUAAAUAUAUAUACAGUAUAUAUACCAUGUUUUGUUGUUAAGUAUAAAUUUGGAAUUUGUGUAAUAUAUUGCUACUAAAUUAUAAAAAAAACCAAAACCUUUAAUGUAAUUUUUUGCCUUCCAAUGUAGCUUUGAUGCACUAAAACUUUUAUUCCUGAGUGAACAGUGCCCAACAGCAUCUUCUAGAGCUGUAAGCUUUUAAAAAAGUUCCAAAAUUGCCUUUCUGCGCUUAAAAAAACCAAAAAAGCCAUUUGCUGAAUUUUUUGCACUAUGUUUGAACUUUCAUUUCUCUCUUUAUUUUUGGGUUUAUACAUUUACAAAUAUCCAGAAGCGUGCCGAACUAAACAUGGAUAGAUAUAUAGACAUCAACUUAAGUCGCCAAAUCAUUUCGUGAUCAGACACACAAACACAUUCCUGCACCACAGGUGUGUGUGCGCAUUCCCCCUGUCCUGGGAGGGCCUUUCCCCUUUAGCUACACAUGUGAUCCCGUGUUUCCAUAAAUUAGGAGGAGAGGAUGAAGGGAUGGAGGAAGACAGGUGGGGUCAAAAGGGGUAUCUUCUUACAAAACCAGGGGCAGUUGAAAAAAAAACCCUCUGUUGUUGUGCACCGGUCCUUUUGUUCUAAAUAAUCAGUGAGUGCUUUGAAACCUUUUAUGGCUCCCAGUCUAAUUUACUGUCAGUGCCAGGGGGUCGUAGCUCCGCCAGCUCUGCCUGCACACAUCGCCUUGGCACGAGGUGUGCUAAAGAUAUCUACAAGAAGUAUCAGGUAUCCAGUAUUUACCAGGAAACUCUUUCACAAGAAUGAAGAUGAUUAGGAUUCAUGACUUUGAAAGUUGGCGGCUCAUGUGAUAAACAAGUAAGCUUUAAUGUCAAAGUGAGAAGUGAUCCAAAGAAGCUAGCAUUUGCAGCUCAGGUAAAGAAAAAAAAGUAUGCAAGCUGUUUUGUAUGCCCUCUGCCUUAUUCCUAGUUUUUUUUCUAAAUGACAGCGUCUCAUUCCCAUCUCCCUUUGGCCUGGAUGUGCCUGAAAACCUUACUGUAUUAUAGGCAAACAUCAUGCAGCUAGAGAAACCACCUACGUACUGAGAUUUGUGUGGUUCCUUCAAACACAAAAAACCAAAGAUCUUCACAACUGCCUGUAAUACUGUUUGGAUGUUUUCGAUGGAGAAAAUGUGUGGCAAAAAUAUUGUUUUUGUUUUUCUUCUGCAAACAAGCCCAAGUGUGCAAGUAAAUCGUAUUUUUAUUGUGUGUUAAUUAAAGAGCACAAUGUUACUUUUUUUUAAACAAUCCCUUUCCAGCAAAAUGUUCCUUCAUCUUGCUCUCUCCAUCUCUUUGAUGCUCAAAGCAUGUACAUCUGAAACUGGUAUGUUAAUUUAAAAAAAAUUUCACCAUGUAUGUAAUGAUAUCAAUAAUGCUUCUAUACUGAGUGCUUGUAAAGUUUGCGAUAAUGUAGUUUUUAUUCAUUUUAAUUAAAAAAAAAAAAUGUGUCUCA